GGUGUGAGGGACAGUGGUGGCGGGUGCUCUCGACGGCGGACGCGGAACGCUCUUCGGGUCCAGAAGGCUGUUGACCUUGUUCUUUUGGGAACUUCGAGGCUCCCCUGCUCUUCCAAGACUCAGUCUUAAGUGGCGCUUGGGAGCCGGCGAACGGUCCACGAUGAUCUGGAUGAAGAAGGCAAAGACUCUGGUGGAGCGUCUAACGCACUCAGGCAAAUUUAACAGUUUCGAUAGAAACCUGGAAAAGGUGACUCUUGUUUCUGCUGCCCCUGGGAAAGUGAUUUGUGAAAUGAAAGUAGAAGAGCAGCAUACCAAUCAAAUGGGCACUCUCCAUGGCGGCAUGACAGCCACCUUAGUGGACGUCAUAUCAACGCUUGCUCUGCUGUGCACAGAAAGGGGUAUGGCCGGAGUCAGUAUUGAUAUGAACAUAACGUACAUAUCACCUGCUAAAAUGGGGGAAGACAUACUGAUUACAGCACAUGUUUUGAAGGAAGGAAGAUCAAUUUCAUUUGCUUCUGUGGAUCUGACUAACAAGGCCACGGGAAAAUUAAUAGCACAAGGCAGACAUACCAAACACAUGGGAAACAGACCAUCUGAAGGAUACGUGAAGAAGCCCAGCAAUGAGUGUCCAGAGUAAACCUGACUUGGACAAAUGUAAUUUUCAAAAUUACCACAACUAGAAGUAGCCAAGAAAUAGUCUUUGGGGAAGAUGCCAGAGAUCAAGUGGAAUACAGGACGGGGGGUUGUCUAUAUUCUUUGAUUUCGAGUUAAGUUUUAGUCUGUAAUCAUACGUGAUACUUAGAUGAAAACACUUUUAGCUCAGAGUGUUUUGAAAACAGGUAAAGCAAAGCUCACAGGGCCAUUUGAGGUAUGACUACCUUAAAACUAAAACCUAGUAUCAAGCUAAAGGUCAAAUCAAUGAUUAAGCUAAAGGUCAAAUUAAUGAUUAAUCCUUAAAUUGUAGGUCCUUCUCAGCUCUAAAAUGGUACAUUAAAAAAAAAAACAAACCCCAAUUCCAUCAUUAUGGAACUUCAAAGUAGAUGAACCAGAGGCCACACUGAAAAAUAAGAGUGAGCAGUCCUCAAUAAAGUUUCAGGCAAAGCAGAUUAGUGAUAAAUAGCCCAGUGGGAUAAAUAGCCCAGUUCAGGAUUAGUAUAUUUUAUAGUGGUGGUAGUGGGGAGUACAGAAUUCCCUUUUCUAGUACCUAGGAUAAAGCCAUGCAGAUCUUCAACCUCCUAAUGCUUGGUAUUAGAAAGACCCAACUUCACAAAUUGUUUAGUCAAUUUCUCAAAUUUCUGUCAACUGUGGUAUUUAUAACUGGUUUCUGCAUCAGGGUCUUAGUUCUAACAUUUCACAACUGAUGAUCAUAAAGAAAGGGAGUAAUUUCCUUUGGAAGUUGGAAACAGUUAACAGUUAAAGGUUGAUGAUUAUUUGGUUGUAGUAGAAUACAUCAGAAUACAUAUAGCCCUGUUUGCUGAAGGGCAGAAGCAGACUUGAUAUUAGCAGUGAGCACAUAGGAAACCCAGAUCUAGUAUUGCCCAUGAAAAGUAACUUGGGAUCCUUGGAGAAAGAGCUGAUUUCAGAGCUGGGGGGGUGGGAUAGGGAAAUAACAAGAUGAACCUAUCUUGUAUUUGAAAGUCAGGAAGUGCUCAAUAAAACAAGGCGUGAAAAUUACAUAGCAGUGUAUGACACAGAGAGCUCAAACCCAGUGCUCUGUAAUAACAGAGGGGUGGGAGGUGGAAGUUCAUGAGGGAGGGGACAUGUAUACCUAUGGGUGAUUCGUGCCAAUGUAUGGCAGAACCCACACUAUUGUAAAGCAAUUCUUUUCCAAUUACAAAUAAACAAUAUGGCUCUGAAAAGAAGUGAAUCCAUACUGUUUAGGUAACAAUAAAUGGCUGAGACAGGAGAGCUCUUGUUAACAGAAUGCUGGCACAUGUAGAAUAAAUAUAAAAUAGUAACUACAAAAUGGGGAAAUAGGACACCACCUUCACCAAUGGACGUGGACAUCAAUAAAGAGCACACGAGCAGUGUGUUUCUGGAUAUUAACUUCAGGGGGUGUAACAUCACUCAC